AUGAAGUUCGUUACCGUCGCCCUCGUCGCCAUCUCCCUCCUCUCCACUCCCGCCAGCUUCGUUCUCGGACAAGACCCAGGCCCUUCGCCGACGGAGUCAGUCGGUUGUACGCCGCAUGGCGAUCACUGGCACUGCACUGGUCCCCGCCUAACAACUGGUGCUGCUGAGGACACUGCAACCCAUACUGCUGCAGACCCAGGCCCUUCGCCGACGGAGUCAGUCGGUUGUACGCCGCACGGUGAUCAUUGGCACUGUGCUGGUCCCCGCCUAACAACUGGAGCUAGUAAGGACACUGCAGUCCAUACUGCUGCAGACCCAGGCCCUAGCCCUACAGAAUCUGUAGGCUGCAAGCCGCAUGGUGAUCAUUGGCACUGCGCUGGUCCCCGCCUACCAACCGGUGCUACUAAGGACACUGCAACCCGUACCGCUGCAGACCCAGGCCCUAGCCCUACAGAAUCUGUAGGCUGCAAGCCGCAUGGUGAUCAUUGGCACUGCGCUGGUCCCCGCCUACCAACCGGUGCUACUAAGGACACUGCAACCCGUACCGCUGCAGACCCAGGCCCUAGCCCUACAGAAUCUGUAGGCUGCAAGCCGCAUGGUGAUCAUUGGUAA